CUUCUUCUCCUCCCUUCGUCUCUUUUGUCAUUUCUUAUUCUUAUUCUACCCCCAUUAUCCUCUCUUUUUAUAUCUCUGCUUCUUUUUUUUAUACAUAUAUUUUAUGUUUAUUUUUUUUUUUUACUUAUCACCCAUUUGACUGUUCCACAAGUGUUGUCCCCUUUAUUUUCUUGCAACGCAAAUCAACACACAAUUUUUCUUUGCUCUCACGCACGCACACUUUCCAACCACCUUUUUUCUUUGCAUGAUGACACCAAGGCUGAAAUGGAAACGAUCACAGCAGCUCUCAUCAUCCAUCAAGGACAAAGAUAACGUUUCCUAUCCUUCUUCAUCCUCGUCCUCUUCCAGUAAUGCACUCCCACCAUCUCCUGCUCGAAAACUAAACCUGUCCUCUUUACUUACCAGUUACAAACAACGUACAAAUCAACCUGCUCUCUCUGUCUCUUGUGCUUUGACCAUUCCCGAAAUCCUUCUUUUGAUUGCUGCCUUCCUCAAUCGUCCAUCACUGCUCAGUUGCGUUCUUGUCUGCAAGAAAUGGCACAACAUCUUCCAACCUUUACUUUUCCAUGCUAUUCAACCUACAGAUUUUGAUCGACCUGAUUUUAUGACGAUGUUCGAGCUCUAUGCCCACUUUGCCUCAUCUCUCAGCUGGAUCCAAGAAUUGCCUAUAGCUUCUUCAAUACCCAAGAAAAACACAUGGCGCCGUAUAUUUAGGAGAGGGUUAAGUACCAAGCCUCUUCUGCCCACCAAGAAACCGUUCGAACAACUAAAGGAUUGUCUUUCGAAUAGCUCCACACCCGCGUUGAAAUCUCUUUCUGUUCGACUCCAGAAUCAAGACCCAAAUCUCGUCUUGAGCCUCUCUGCUAGUACAGUUGCUAGCUUGACUAUCAGUACGAGAGGAUACCCGGCCAGGAAGCCGCGAAUGUACGUGGAGGACAUCUUAAGGACAUAUCCCCACCUUAUUCAUCUGACUUUAGAGGGCCUCUAUAUUCUUACUUCAUACCAAGCGGAGCAUGGAAGUGCAUUGAACUCUUCAUCUCCUGCCCAUGCAUAUCUUCCCUCGAUCGCUGCAUCAAAUGCUGCGGGACUGAUUAUCCCAGCUACCGCAGCAAAUACAGCAGCUAGUUUGUCCAUUUCUUCUCCUGUUGCACAAACAUUGGAUGAAAUAAUAGAAGAGCAAACACAAGUACAAGAGGAAGAACAGGAAGUAGGGUCAUCAAAUCUGACGUCCCAUUGGCCCCAAUCAUUCACGGCCCAAGUAAUAUCAGAAGAUGGGGGUGAUCAGAACCAAAGCACUGGCCAAGCUGGUCAGCAAUAUAGCAAAAGGGACAAGGGCAAAGCUAAAGUUUCCAAAGAAGUCAACAGACUUUGCCCAUCUGUCCAAACGCUCAAUCUACGCCUUGUAGAUAUCUCUCAAGACGGUCUUUUGGCCCUGUCAGGGUUAUUACCGAACCUCAAGAAUCUUCUCAUCGAAGAGUUCCUUGUACCGGAUAUGAUGAUCAAGAUUUAUCGUUGGACGUGGUCUACAACUUUCAUACGCUCACUUAGAGAUGCGUUUCCUCAUCUGAGAAGCAUCCGCUUAGCAUUUCCAUUUGACAACAUCAAGGAAGAUACGAUCGUUGAAAUCCUUAGAUCAUUCCCAUUAUUGACCACAGUCGGAUUCCGUAAUUCUUUUUUUGGUAAACGAGCGAUGGAGACUUUACAGACAUGUUGCCCAUAUGUGGAAUGCCUUGAUGUCUCGUUCGGGUGUGCAAUCCGGGGCUUCAAGGGCUCUCUCCUACGAUUUCUUCAAUCAUGGCCUAGACUUCGAGAAUUAGAGGCUGAUGGAGUGAUAUUUCAUUUAGAUGAGCCCAUGGAUGAUGAGGUCCAACGGCAACCAUGGGCUUGUACUAAAUUAGAAAAAUUAGUCUGUGGAUUCCAAGGAACCGAAUCAAUGAUUUUUCAACAUUUAUCUCAAUUCCCUCGAUUAUCAAGUCUGACGAUUUCAUCCCCAUCCUUGACCCUCUCUCCAAUCGAGUCAACGCUAGCACGGCUGGAAAGGUUAACAAGGAUGGAAUAUUUUUGGUUUUCACAGCUGAGGCAGCGCCCUUUGGAUAAAGCUACCAUCCUUUGGAUCCUGAGGCAUUGGCCUCAUUUGAAGAAACUGCAUCUGGCAGGCGGAGCGUUUGAGCAAAAAGAGGAUGUAAAGCAGUGGUGUCGGGAUGCUCAUCGCUUAAGUCUUCUUGUGGAAUAUGAUCGAAUGUGAUGAUGAAUGGCGGAAACAGGAUCAUGGAAGGACACAAACCAGCAUCUUUUUUUUUUUUUUCCUGUCAAUACGACCAUCCAUUAGACUGUCAUACGAUGUUGCCUAUGACAGCCCUAUAUUCAAACUUAUGUUCCCUUAUAGAGGCC